CCGGGCCUGUGAAAUUUUACUGAAUGAAAAAGUGUGCUUCCUCAGAAAGGGAAAAAUAUUUUGUUUCACGUGCGGUUUCUUCGAAUUGUACGAAGGGAACCUCCUUUACACAUAUUUUACGGGUGGAAAAUGAUUGCUGUUAAAAAUCUGAUCACAAUGUUUCAAGUUACGAUACUGUUGGUGUCCAUGGUAAGCUUAGCAGUUUGCGCACCGGCCCCCGCACCAGAACCUAAAGCCAGCCCGAACCCAGACCCAAAGGCUGACCCGAAACCAGCGUUAGCAGUGCCCGUGGUUUACAGUCCGUAUGCAGCAGCCCCUGUGUCAUACAGCUACAGCAGCGUGGACCAAUUCACGAGCCAUUCGGUGCCUGUCCAUACAGCAGCAGUUGCCACACCAGUUGCUGCGCCUAUUGCACCUAUCGCUUAUUCUCACCACGUGCCUCUCAGUUAUGGAUACGGUUACCCAUACGUCCUCAUCUGAUGCGACCAAUAUCCAACCAUAUUCAUUAGGUAACUACUUUUGAACAAAAUUGAAAGACCUCCCUUAAAACUUUACAGAAUCCUAAAACAGUUGAAUGUGUUCAAAAAAUAUGAUUAGGGAAAUCCUUGUUGAUACUCAUACCACUUAUCUUUAAAAAUGUAUGUAAAAAAGUUAGAACUGUUUCUCCAAACAAAAUGAUUUUUUAAAGAAAUGUGACCUUUAUUUGUAAAUAAAAAAAGAAUCUCAAAAGGUUUAAAAAUGGA